AUGAAGAAGCGCGGUGGCCGUAAGGCCUCCCGGUACGACUCGGACUCGGACGACGACGUGCCCUCGUUCGCGGACGCCGCCGCCGUGGAGGUGGCCCCGCCGACCUCCGCCAAGGCCAAGAAGGCCGCCGGCAAGAAGGGCGGCAAGAAGAACCGCUUCGAUGACUCGGAUGAUGAUGAUGAGCGCAAGCAGGAGGACCUCCUCGGCGAGGAUGAGUAUGACGAUGUCAGCAUGCCGACCGAUGACAACAUCAAUGUGCACAACUUCUCCAUUCAUAUGGGCGGCAAGACGCUGUUCAAGGACUCGAACCUGAACCUGAGCCACGGCCGGCGGUACGGCCUGGUCGGGUACAAUGGCACCGGCAAGUCGACGCUGCUGAAUCACAUUGUGGCGCGGGAUGGGCAGUUCCGGGUGCCGCGGCACAUCGACAUUCACAUCGUGCAGCAGGAGGCCCCGGCCAACGAUGUGUCGGCCCUGCAGACCGUCAUCAACAGUGACGAGAUGCGCACGCGCCUGCUGGCCGAGCGUGAUCGCCUGCUGGCCAUCGACGAGCCGACCAUGGAGGAGACCGAGCGCCUGAACAAGGUGUAUGAGCGUCUGAUCUUCAUCGAGGCGGACAGCGCGCUGCCGCGCGCAUCCGCCAUUCUCAGUGGUCUGCAGUUCGAUGAGAACAUGAAGCAGAUGGCCACGCGGGAGUUCUCCGGUGGCUGGCGCAUGCGCAUUGCCCUGGCGUGCGCCCUGUUCCGGAAGCCGCGGCUGCUGCUGCUCGAUGAGCCGACCAACCAUCUGGACUUGCAUGCGGUCAUCUGGCUGGAGAGCUACCUGCAAAAUUGGCGCAACACGCUGGUGGUGGUGUCCCACGACCGGGACUUCCUGACGAGCGUCUGCUCGGACAUCCUGCACAUCUGGCAGCAGAAGCUCUUCCACUAUCGGGGCGACUACAGCAACUUCGAGCGGCAGUUCAACCUGAAGCUGGACCAGGACCGGGAUGCGUAUGAGAAGCAGCAGAAGCGCAUCAAGGCCCUCAAGCGGUCCGGCAAGCUGACCAUGGACUUGAGCAAGUCCAAGACCACGGACAGCAAGGCCCGGCGGGCGGAGCGGACCAAGGUCCUGAGCACGCGCAAGGACCGCGGCGGCAGCAAGAAGUCCCACGACGAUGGGGAUGACAACCAGGAGGAGCAGCUUUUGCAGCCGGUGGACGAGUAUUUCGUGCGGCUGGGGUUCACCCCGGCGCCGGAGCUGGCCAACCAGGUGCUGCUGAAGGUGGACGGGGUGUCCUUCGGGUAUCCCGGCCGGCGGACGCUCUUCCGCGGGGUGUCCUUCGGCAUGGACACCAGCAGUCGCAUUGCCAUUGUCGGUGCCAAUGGCACGGGCAAGUCCACCCUGCUGAAGCUCAUCACGCGGGAUUUGAUCCCGGACGAGGGGGAGGUCCAGCACAACCCCAAGCUCCGGAUUGCGGUGUACUCGCAGCACUCGGUGGAUCAGUUGGAUUUGAACAAGAGCGCGGUGCAGCAUCUGAUGGACAAGUUCAAUGUGCCCUAUCAGGAUGCUCGCAAGUACCUGGGGACCAUUGGCCUGCCGGGGAAUGUGCAUGAGCACCGCAUGCGCACCCUGUCCGGUGGGCAGAAGUCCCGCGUGUGCAUGGUGGAGAUCCAGCUGACCCAGGCGCACAUUCUGCUGCUGGAUGAGCCGACCAACCACCUGGACUUGGAGACGGUGGAUGCCCUGGUCCGGGCGCUGAACGAAUUCGAGGGCGGCGUGGUGGUGGUCACCCACAAUGUCAGCCUCAUUGAGCAGGUGUGCAAUGAGAUCUGGGUGUGCAAGGAUGACUGCACGGUGUCGCCGUACAAGGGCGACUUCCAGGAUUAUGUGGACGAGCUGCUGGACGAGAUGGAGGCCAAGGAGUAUCUUGUGCGCCAGCACUAGUCGAGGCGGAGCCUUUCCGGUGGGGGCGGCUGGCCCCUUGGUGUUGGGUUUACGCGUGCCUGUGUGUCUUGCGGCUCUCUUGUGCAAGGACCCGCCUCGGUCUAUCCGCCUCUUUCUUUAUCCCUUUCUCCCUCCCCUUCCCCCCUCCUGUCCUCCGUGUCCUCCUGCUUCUCUCGGGCGCGAAUUGGACGGGCGGGGCGAAGCCGAGGCGAGAGGGACGAAGCACGAGUGUGCCAACAACGAGUCUAUUCUAUUGUA